AGCUGCGCGGCUCCGAACCUGCGACACGCGCUGCAGGAGCGGCCGGGCGGGCUCCGGUUCCCCCGGCUCCAGCCCAUCGGCCUGAGGCGCCGCCGCGGCCUGCAGCCCGGCGCGCGGACCCAACCGGCCACAGCCGCCCUCCGGCGCCAUGUCGCAGAGCGGGGCCCUCGGGCUGCCGGAGGAGAACCUGCAGGGCUCUUGGGUGGAGCUGCACUUCAGCAACAACGGGAACGGGAGCAGUGCCCCUGCCUCCGUUUCUGUUUAUAAUGGUGACCUGGAAAAAAUACUGCUGGAUGCCCAGCACGAGUCUGGAAGGAGCAGCUCCAAGAGCUCCCACUGUGACAGCCCGCCUCGCUCACAGACUCCCCAAGACACAGCCAGAGCUUCGGAGACAGAGACCCACAGCAAUGGGGAGAAGAACAGCUCUCAGUCUGAGGAAGAUUAUAUGGAGAGAAGGAAAGAAGUUGAAAGCAUCCUGAAGAAAAACUCAGAUUGGAUAUGGGAUUGGUCAAGUCGGCCCGAAAAUGUCCCCCCCAAGGAAUUCCUCUUCAAGCACCCGAAGCGCACAGCCACGCUCAGCAUGAGAAACACGAGCGUUAUGAAGAAAGGGGGCAUCUUCUCGGCAGAAUUUCUGAAGGUUUUUCUUCCGUCUCUGCUGCUGUCCCAUCUGCUAGCCAUUGGCCUCGGGAUCUACAUUGGAAGGCGCCUGACAGCCUCAGCCAGCACCUUCUGAUGAAGACUGGUGUCGACUUUGUUCACAAGCGGGGAUUCUGAGUUCACCGCAGAGCCAGCUGAAGGGAGCUUGAGCCUGGGUGGCUGCACAGCUGUGUUCGUUUGUUCUGUAAACGCCCUGUUCCCAGUUUGGUGACACGGAAGAGGGACACCAAAACCACACUAACCUAUAAUCCUGCCUGUGAGAUCAGUUAAUAAGCAUGUCAGACUGAUUAUAUCUACUGCAAUAUUUGGUAGUACAUUUUCUUUGGAUGUUCUAUCUAAGUAUAAAUAAUUUUAACAUACAAGCCAUGAUGUAUGUAGCACUCUAACACAAAGCAUCUGUAACUGUAGUUCAGUUCAAACUCUUUGUAUCUCAGAAGAAUGAAUCAUGUUGAUAUGGAAGCUCCUACCUUCCCAGGGCUUGUCCAGAGGCAAGCAGCGUGGCCUGGCCCUCAUGUGGUGGCGUAGCGUACGUACAUCUUGUGCUUAUUAAUUUAAGUGGAUGCAGGCUGUCAGCUGAAGACUGUAGUUAGCUCUGCUGAUUGUUCUUUGUGCAGCGAGAAAUGGAAAACCGAGGUACAAACUCCCAUACACUUCACACACUGAACUGCUCUGGCUUUUGCAGUGUGCAGACUUAAACCUCCGACUGUGAAGUGACCAUCUCGGAUGAUCAGUUUUCUGUCCAGAGCACCUGCUCAGUAGGCUCCCUCCUCCUCCUCACUCUAGAUCGCCAAAUUUCACCUUACCCUUGGUGUUGACCUUUGUGUGCUCUGAGAAUCAGCUUCACGCUAAGCCAAUCUGUGUGUCUACUCUGAAAGACUGGAAAGAAAAAAAUAAACCAUUGCCAAACCCUUCACAGAUGACUGUAUUUACACGUGGCUUAACGCCAAAUUUCCUAACUUUGAUUAAACCAGGCCUGUUCUCCAGUGUUGCGCUGUUUGUCUUUACGGCACAGGUUUUUAAAGGCCCCCUCUUUGAUAUACUGUAUAUGUGCUGUUCUGUAUUUGUCUCUCUUUUCCACGUUUAAUUCAGUAUUUGUGUUAAAAUAAAUCUAACAUUUAAUUUUUAAAA